UCCGCCCUGGCCCAUAUGCAGCUUGCCUGUGUGCAGCAAUGGUCCCCCUGUCCGCGGCACUGUGCCGUGAGGGGCAAGUUAGCCUUACUGGGACACGGACCACAGUGGCUCUCCCGAGAAACCUGUGCAAAUAAAUUGCCCAAGUUCUGGAUGAGACCUUUUGAAGAGAUCACUGAGGUCGAUUACCACGAUCUGAGAGAGCACAUCAAUGCCCUAUUCUGCAUCUAGGCAUGUAUGCCGCCCUAACCCUCCUCACCCCAAGAGCCCACACCAAAUAACUUUCUUCCCAAAAUAAAAACCAUUUCCUGGGAACCUCCUCUCGUGUUUGUCCUUCCCCAAGCACCAGCUGCCACAACUAGCUACCUCCUCCUGGCCUGAGAACAGCUCCUGGCUGCAUGCAUCGAGGGAUUCCGGGGUGUCUUCCUCCGCCUCAGCACCCUCACUCCCGCUUUGCUGCUGCUGUUGCUCCUCCUCCUCCCACCUUGUUGAGCUGAGCUCUGAAGUGGCCAUUGUGAUACUCAGAGUGGAGGUGGGGUCGGCCCCAAGUAUCACGUCCAGCUCUUUCUAGAAACGGCAGGUCGUGGGGGCAGCACUGGAGCGGCUGUUUGCCUCGCAGGCUUUGCAGUAGGCAUUCUGCAGCUUCUUCACUUUAAUCCUGCACUGCAGUGUGUCCGGUCAUGGCCCCUUUCCAUCAUGUCCCUUGAUAUCUGCCCGAAGGUAUCAUAAUUCCUAUGGCUGGAGCGCAGCUGGGACUGGACAGCUUCCUCCCCCCAAACACUGAUGAGGUCCAGUACCUCGCCAUUGCUCCAUACUGGGGAUCGCCUGGCUCGUGGAGGCAUGGUAACCUGGAAAGAUUCGCUGAGAGAACUCCACGCCUGGCUGAGCAAACAGGAAGGGGAUUUUCAAAAUUCCUAGAGAAUUGAAAGGGUGGGUCUGACGGUUGGUCACCUGAGGGCGGGGCAGUAGAGUUCAAAAUGAUGACCAGAGUGGCUAGAACGGGCAUUGUGGGACACUUCUGGAGGCCGAUCAGAGCACAGUAACAGACCAGGGCAUCCACACUGGUGCCGCGGCGCUCCAGCGUGGGCGCACAAAACGUUAUUCCACUCGCCAAGGUGGAGUACCAGGAGCGGACCAGCCGUGGAGUCAGUGCGCUCUAUGUGCCUUUCCAGUGUGGCCGGGUAGUGAGCAAGUGGGCCCAGGCCUCCUUUAAUGCUCUGUAACUCGCAAAUGUAGCCAAGCCCCGAAUUUACCCUAACCUAUGUGUGAACAUCACCAUUGCACAGCUAUGCCCAAAUUACUGUGUCCUCGCUGUUUCUGGACUUGCCUGUGUGUGUGUCAGCAGCAUAUGCUAUCAUUCUUUGUAACAAGGUGCUCUAGAAUUCUUUCCCAGUCAGUUGUGGGACAACUUGUCUAUCCUUCGGGGGAACUGGGAAAGCAUUGGAGAAUUAGCAGCACUAGUGUGAUUUUGCUUGUCUUCACUGUAAAAGCGUGUGGGUUUCAGACAGAGUUAAAGCAGAACUUGAACUCUAACCCAGCUGUGCUAGCUAGCUGGGGAAGAAAGCACCUCCAAACUCAGGUAAAAAGUUCUUGUGUAUGAACCAUAACAGCAUUGGGUUAAAACUUGGGUAAGAGCAAGGGUUAACUCUGGGAUGAAUAUAUUGGGUAUAUGCUGGGACAGAGGGCUGAAGAAAGAAGAAAAGAGCAGAAGUUUUUCUUGGCAAGCGCACACAUGAGUGAACAAAAGUACUUUCAACAAGGUGGGAGGUGUUUACAGGCUACUUGCUGCCUUUGCCCUAAACUUUGUCUACAGAGGAGCGGGGAGAAAAUAACUUCCUAAACAUCUAGAGCAAAGCCUGAAGCCACAAAUAAACUUGCGUCAAUUCCUUACUCUUUGCUUAUGAGGUAGGAAUUUUUAUUGGAUACUUCCCUUCUGGCCAUAAUACGUGACAUUCCCAUACUAGUUUCAAGUACUAAAAGUCUGGACUUUGAGGAGCCAUCUAUCCAAAACUAUUCUCCAGACAUGAAAGAACCCUCUAUACAAGACUAAAGUGGACUCUUUACUGUUGAAAAUACGUGCAGAAAAUGGUUCAGCCUGGUAACUUUUAUUGCCUGGCUCUCUAGGAGAAAAAUAUAAUGAAGUUAGUAUACAGCAUAGAAACUUCUAUCACCUGUGUGUGUGUUUCCUAUUGAUUUACUAAUUGUAAUUAAAUUCUCAAACAAUAUAUGUAAAACAGCGUGUGGUAAUAUUUUUGUAUGUUUAAUUUUUAUAAUUAAUAAAUAUUUUGAAGUCUGUCACCCCUAUUCCCAAACAAAAUCAAAUGUUUGCCACAUUUUCCUCUGAUUUAGUUAGAACUAUAGGAAUUGCCAUCUUGGAUUAGACUAAUGGUCCAUCUAGUCCAAUAUCCUGCCUCUGAGAGUGGCCAGCAGCAGAGGAAAAAAAAAAAGCCAGUACCCCCAAUAAGCAGAUGUGGAAUAAUCGGUGUGAUGUUGCACCCCAUAAUGCUUUAUGGAAAUAUGCUUAUGAGUGUAAAUAUGACAUAACUGGAAUAUGUUUUAUGCUAGAUAAGUCAUGUAACAUAUCUUUUCAAAAGUUAUGUUCUUCUGCAUGUAUUCAUCCUAUUCAUAUGCAUGUAUCAUUUUUAAAUCUGAAGUUAUGAGCUUUGGCUCUGUGCUUGUAUUUAAAGUGUUUGCAGUAGAGAGCACCUAAGGCAGAUUUGGUCAACAUAGUGUGAAGGGGUUAUUCAAGUAAAUGCAAGUACUUGGUUAACAAUAGACCUUGAUAGACGCCAGUCCACAUCUGAGCUUUCGGUUUGGCCUGUAGACGACUAAGUCAUGCAUGGACAUGUGACUUGCCCAUGUGAUUCCAAAAGUCCAUGUUGAGCUGUGAUUCUACAAAGGGGGAGAGGCGGGGUUUCAUGCACAAGAGAGAAACUAUAUAAACCCCUGGAUACCCCUCCAUUUUGUCUUCAGCUGGCUCAAGAGUUAGCCUCUCCACCCCCGAAGGAUACCUGAAAGAAACUGGAACAAAGGACAGUAACUACAGGAGUGUGAGUGAUUGCUGGACCCAGACUAGAAGGAGGCUAGUCUGUAAAAGAACAUCUCUGAGGUGGUUUGGAAGCUGUUUAUGCAUAGAAUUUGUCAUUCCCUUUGCUCACUGUGGAGCAUGUAAAUUCUGCAAGACACUUUUAUUUUCUCAAAGGAACUUCAGGGCCUAUGGUUUCACCCUUUGUAAACAAUGCUUCAAGCAGUAUUAAUUCCCACAGAAAUCCAGGAGAUGUCACUAGCUGACCCAGUCACCAGCUGUCUUUCCCCUGCAGUGCAUUAUAUGGUUUGCAAACUUGGAUUUGAGAUAGACAGCCAUUCUGUUAAUAGUAUUGUGUCUGAAAAUGGUGAAGUAUGUUGGAGAACAAUCACAGAGCUUGUGUAUUACCUUGAAUCAGAUCAAAAUGUGGAUUACAUAAAAAGUGUGCAGCUGUUAGGACCUUUAUGUGAAUCUGUUCAUUUGCAUCUACAAUCCCUGACCAUGGAACAGUUUGAAGUUCAAUACUCAUUGUGGUUCCAGUGGACAAACUGUACGGAGCUACUUCUUGAAGUGUUUGCUGCACUGGAGAGCAUGGAAGUUACAGCAAUUGCACUUAGCUUAAUGAAACUAACAUCCUGUCUGGAGCGAGCCUUGGGUGAUGUUUUCUUACUAAUUGGUAAGGACUGUCCAUUCCUUUUAAGAGAUUUGCUUGCAUCUCAGGAGCUUGCUACAGUCUUUGGACAAUCUGUGAUGAAUGUGCUAAGAGUAUUCAUUGGGUCUCCAUAUGGUCUAAAUCUCCGUAACAUUUUGUGGCAUGGAUUUGCUUCCCCUCAGGAAAUUCCUGCAAAAUAUUGCUCUAUGCUGCUUAUUUUAACUGCAGGAUUGGGCCAGUUGCUAAAGAUAUACCUAUUGCAAACUGAAACCAUUUUAGUACAUCGACCUUAUAUAGCCUUCACUAACUUAAAGGAGUUGGACAUUUUUCCAGACAUUAAUCAUGAAGCACUUUCCUUAACUGAGGAAAUAGCAAAGAUAUCCAGUUUUGUAUUAAAAACAAUGUUACCAUUUUGGAUUGCUGCACUAACAGCUUUCAGGCAACACAGGUAUGCUGACUGUGUUAUACUGUUACUCCCUCAGCUGGAAACUGGACUUAGAUUACUCUUCACCACAGUUAAUAAGUGUCCAAAUAGACUGUUAACUGCUGAGUCGUCUUCUCUUUAUACCACCUUUGAUGAGAUGCUAACAAAACAGCUGAAUGACAAAGAAAUCAAUCAGCUUCCUCUAAUUCUUGGAGAGUCUUCAAUGGAAUUCCUUUGGGAUUUCUUGAACCAUCAAGAGGGUCCACGUGUAAGAGAUCAUUUAAGCCAUGGAGAGAUCAACUUAAAUGAGUUUCCAAGAGAAAUAGCCAAUCAGAUACUUGCAUUUUCAGUUACACUUUUAUACAGAUUUUCAGAAGAGGAGGAGCUUGCAGCUCUUAAGGAGCACGCAGCAAUUAAAGCACUGAUCAGCUGUGCGAGUUGCUACCGUUCUCGGUUUCAUCCAGUUGCCCGACUUAAGAAACAGGUGCUGGAGUGUAUGAAGAGCAUUAGUUCAUGGCCUGAGCUUCCUAUAGUGCCUGAAGAGCAAAUUCAAGAAAUUCCAGGGUUGGAAAGAAGUGCAGAAAUUAGUCCUUGUAUUUCUAUGACUACAGAAAUCCUCUCUCAGUUGCAAUACCAUUUGCCCCAGAAUUGCUACAUUUUAGAUGAUCUAAUGAAUAAUCUUCUAACUGAGAAGCUACUGCUUGAACUCUGUAGUACGCACAUUUGUACCCUGUACUGCCCACGUUCUGUACUGGAAAUAUUGGUAGUGUUCCGUAAGAUAUGCACACAGUGCCAUCAAGUGUCAGAUCAAGUUAUUACCAGCACUGAAAUGAGAUACAAGCAGUGGAUAAACAAGAUACUGCAUUCACGACAGAGGCAUAACUAUUUACGCAUGUUAAACAGCAUUAAAUUUCUGUCUCCUGUGUUACGUCUGAUUUUAAUGUUGAUUAUUCUGGAACUAAUCAACAUCCAUACCGUUUGUGAGAAGAAUCCUUGUGAUUAUCAGCAAUAUAUAAAGUUUCUAAAGUCAAUCUUGCAGUAUACCGAGAACUUGGUGACAUACACGAGCCCAGAGAAAAACAAAUGGGAUGAAUCCAUGGAGCUUACGCACAAAGCUUUGAUAAAAAUUAGGACUUUCAGCGAGAGAAAGCUAACAUUAAUGCAGCUAGCGACACAAGUGAAGCUGUCUUGAAAACACUUGGUUUCUGUUACAUCUCAAAAUUAUUAUUUUUUUAAUGCCUCAAAACUUAAUGUGACCAAAAGUCCUAGAAUAUGUCUACUCCUUCCUUUGAGUACAGCUUUCAUCAAAAUGCCUUUGAAACCAGAAUGUGGCAUUUACGUAGCAACAGUGUUGCUGUUUGGAGUUGGAUAAUUGUACUUCCUGAAAAGGGAACAUUUUUGUAAAGUGCACAAUGAGACUCUGAGCUCUUGUCUCAAAAUGAUUUGAAAUGUAUCUAUUAUUUAAGUGUACUAUGUGUUUUGAAGAUUGAUUUUUUUUUAUAGUGUACCUGAAAAUGACCAGGAAAACAACUGAAAUAAUGUAUUGGAAAAAAUGUUGAACUGAAAAAAAGCUUUCAGUGUGAUGAAGCUAAUAUUUGGCCAUUUCUACAGCCACAUACAACCCAUUAUCUCUCAUAUGCCCUUAAACAAAUCCCCCAACAACAACAACAAAAAAACCAACAAAACCAGGUUGCAACAUUUUGAGUUAACAGCAUUUCCUGAAAUCCUUGUUUGCUGGUAUUAGCACAGAAAUGGGCAAACCUUGGGGUGUGAUUUUUUUUAAAAAAACUUUUGUUGUCUAGAAUUUGAAACUGUUUACAUGUGAAAACACUAACAUAUUUUUGUGUUCUCAGCAAUAAGUAUUGAGCACAGUAUUUUUUACACUUGUCAUGGUACCAUUUUUGAUUAGUUUAAUUUUUCACUUUAUCUGCUAGUGCCAAUCUUUAAUGAUUCAUAGUUUGGGUACAAAUUUGGUUUUGUACAUUGAAAAUCAGAAAACAUAAAUGUUCAUCUUGACCCUAAAAGUGAUAUUAUGACCUUAUGUUGCAUACCUCAUUUUUAUCUUUGUUUUUCAAAAAUUAUGAAAAUAAAUCUCCCUUCUCCACCUCCCCCCCAAAGAAAGGGGCCUGCAUCAAUUCAAUAAACAAGCCAUCUACCAAUGAACAUUAAUCUAUGUGUCUUUCCUAAAGGAUGUAAAACAGAUAAAUGCCUCUUGGUCAGGUCUCCAUUUCUUAGUAUUUAUAUAUUUGUACUGUAAGAGGCUUAUUACAAUAAAAGAUUGACUUGUUUAGUCUGAAGAUCA